AUGCCUAUUAUUGCACAGGAGAGGGAUGUGCUGCUCAGUUUUGGCUCUAUUCUCGCCGCACUGGGAGUGGCCCUUCUCGUUCGGGCCAUCAUGUGGGUGAUCGCCACACUUCUCUCCACCUAUACACGUCCACGUGCACACACACACAGUUACACACAUAAAUUUCUACUCCUUCUCGCCUUCACAUUGUUACUACUAGCCCUUCCCACAGGACUCGCACCGCACAUUACAGUCAUUGCCGCCGCCCUCGCUGCUCUCGCCGCCCCGUACCGCCGCACCGCAACGUUUGUGUUGUGCGUUGCAGUCUUGACACUCGCCGCGCCGCGGUGGAUCUCAACAGUGCAGUUGGAAAUACCACCAGCACAGACCACGUGGGUUUCGCGGUAUUAUGGACAAGUGGCCAUUUGGCCCGCCGAGAGUAUCACCUCCACCCAAUAUUUCUUAAUUGUAUACAAUGAUGUAAAAUUAACGCGAUUGCCUUGUGAGGAUCAUAAGGUGAGUAGACGCACAUUGUGUGAGGCUGAAAAUGAUAGGACUAUUGCUGAUCCCAUGGGAUGGAAUCAAACUCGUGUUUUGGUAUCACUUGGGGAUCAAACGAGUAUUUAUGCCUUGGAAAGUUGUAGAGAUAGUCUUCGUGGGAAAUCCCCAUUCAUGCAUCAGAUUACACUACUUGGAACUAAGAGUACUUUACAUAAUCUUACGAUAAGAUGUCGAUUGCAAAAACCCGAGUUAGACACCAUUCCUCUUGGACCCACUGCUUGUCUGAACUUGGUUUCGGAUGUUGUGCUUCUUAAUGUACAUGUUGAGCUGUACAACACCAGUGGGGUAUUUCUCUCUAGCCAUAAAAUUCAUAAAGCAAAUGGCUGCACAGAGGCCUUGGAACAAUUACAGGAUUUUAUUCAAUUAAAUGGUAUUAACGUUAAAUCAUUCUUAACUUGUAUUCCAAGAUUAAAUAGUCAUGAUCUUUUGCAACGAAUAAAUGAUGAAAGAUUUUUACCAAGUGUAUUGAAAAAGGAAAUACCAAGUUCUCUUCGUUGGAUAUGGCGAGCACCAGGUAUUCUACAAAACAUACUUGAACAAGUCAAUAACAUUUUAGAGCAUAUUAUACUUCCUGCUUCAACUCUAGCAAUGGCGAAACUUUCCGAUCUGUUAGUGACUCUUAAGAUAUUUAUUGUGUAUGCUGUGGAAAGGCUAAGACCAUACAUUUAUUCUAUCCUGAAGAAUACACAGAUGUUAGUAUAUGGGGUUUCUUGCACAACAAUGAAAGGUAUAUUUGUAUCCUUUUGUCAAACCCAUGAUGCAUAUGAUAAGAGUAACUUUUGGUAUCAACUGGGGGUUCGAAUUGUUGAGAUAUCAUCUAAUACCGUUCGUCUGUUAUUAGAUGCUGUAGAUCUUGUACCAGGAUUCUGGACCGCCUACAGCUUUGCAUGGCGUUUAGAGUGGUCACUGACAGUAUAUUGUAUACAGACAAUAAAGAUAGUCAUUGUGGAAGUAUGUAUAAAAGUUAUUGAACCUCUGUUCCGACUUCUUAGUAUAAACUUAGGUCGUCUUUUUUAUACUGUUUUGCGUUUAGCGCCUUUGUGUUUUGAGGCGAUUGGUUUUACGACUAUUAUCAAUGUUAUUGGUAAACUCUUUAAGUUUGUCUGGUAUCUGGAAAUGCAGUGGCUGGCGAAGGAGUGGGUAAUUGUACAGAAACUAUUUUGGUAUAUAUGCCUUUUAUUAGUUGCGGUGUUAUCUUUUCUAUUAAGUGUAUGGAGUGUUUGUUGGGGUUGGGGCGUUUAUAUUUUAGGGCUUUAUACCACUACAUCUAUGGCAGCUCAUUUCUUUGUAGCCUUAAUUCAAACAAUUAUUAUUCUUAUUGCCAUGCGGAAUGAGUUAAGGGAAAUUGCAGCCCGGGAAUCCGGAAAGUAUCCUUCGUUUAUGAGACAAUAUACAGGAGGCAUGUUUGUUAUUAUGAUGAUGACGUUUACAAGAGUACAUUCUGUAACGACCGUUCGUUAUCUUGUAGCGCAUGUUGCCGUUCUCUUUAUGUUAGUUGGAUUAUCAGUACUUCGGAUCUUUUCAAAGGUGUAUAAUAUAACCCUUUACAUUGUUUUUCCCUGCAUCUCAUCUUAUGUGGGUCUUGAAUUUGUUUCUAAACAGCCAAAGCGGUCAAGUGUGAUAGCGAUAUCGAUAGCCAAAGGAGUUCUCGUUGUUCUUGUGGAUCGAACCAUUGGGAAUUUUGUUUCACUUUUCUUACGGGAACUUUUCUUCUUUUUACUUCUUCUAUUGUUAUCUCUGGUGGUAAUAGGAAGUUGGCAGAAACAACUUCACACAAAACUCACUUCGGUGUGUCAACAACUCCUCCUUGUGCUUAUGCCACGUGCAGAUUCCGUGUCUCCACAGGCCAUUGACAAUUGA